AACCAGGAUCUUUUGAUUGUAAUGAAGAACUAGCUGCUUCUACCCAUUUAGCAGAAAUAGAGGAAGAGAAAAACUGCAUGGGACUAGAAAGUGUGAAGAGUACCGGAGGCUUUGGAAACAUCUCCCCACGCACACAAGGUGGAAAGAUAUUCUGUAUCAUCUAUGCCUUAUUGGGAAUUCCUCUGUUUGGGUUUCUGUUGGCUGGUGUUGGAGAUCAACUAGGGACAAUCUUUGGAAAAGGAAUUGCGAAAGUAGAAGACACCUUUGUUAAAUGGAAUGUGAGUCAGACAAAGAUUCGCAUAAUUUCAACAAUAAUAUUCAUACUGUUUGGCUGCGUGCUGUUUGUUGCUCUUCCUGCAGUUAUAUUCAAGCACAUAGAAGGUUGGAGCACACUAGAUGCAAUUUACUUUGUGGUUAUCACUUUAACUACCAUUGGAUUUGGUGACUAUGUUGCAGGGGGAUCAGAUAUUGAGUACCUAGAUUUUUAUAAGCCAGUGGUGUGGUUCUGGAUCCUUGUUGGGCUUGCCUAUUUUGCAGCUGUCCUCAGCAUGAUUGGAGACUGGCUAAGAGUCAUAUCAAAAAAGACAAAGGAAGAGGUAGGGGAAUUUAGAGCCCAUGCUGCAGAGUGGACAGCCAAUGUCACUGCAGAGUUUAAAGAAACUCGAAGGCGCCUGAGCGUGGAGAUCUAUGACAAGUUCCAGCGGGCUACCUCUAUCAAGAGGAAGCUCUCUGCAGAACUUGCCGUCAGUCACAACCAAGACCUGACUCCCUGCAAGAGAACCCUGUCAGUCAACCAUCUCACCAGUGAGAAAGACAUCUUGCCAGCUCUAACAAAGACAGACAACAUUUACAUGAAUGGUUUGACACCGCACUGUGCAGCAGAAGAAAUAGCUGUUAUUGAAAACAUUAAGUAG